AAUUAGAAAGAUAUGAUAAUAUCAUUUUAGAAUUUAAGAGUGGAUGUUAGGAUUAAUCAUGAAAAAUAAAAUAAACAAACUUUGUGACAAAAAAAAAAAAGAAAGAUAUUAUUUGAAACUUUAAACAUCUCGGUUCAUUUUUUUUCAAUAUAUAAUUUCAUUGCCCAUCUGUUCAACAUCUUGAUGGAAUCAGAUCCAUAAAUCAAGCUUUCAUUGCUGAGAUGGCGCCAGCUUAUUGGACUACUGAUGUGUAAAACAAUGCAUUUAUAAAAGAAUUAAGUUCCCAGAUCAAAAUUCUGUCGUUUUAAAAGCUCAAUUUUGUUUCAAAACUCUGCUGCUUCAUUAGAGCUCCGGUAACGGCAGGUAAAAGUAAAAUCAAAGAAUGGCAAUGGCAAUUGAAGGAGAAGGAGGGACAUUGUCGGAAAUAUUUCAAAGCUCGAAAAAGGCUCUACUGAGAGCUAGAGAUGGAAUCGAGAGGUUAGAGAGGCUAGAGAAUUCAACAUCAAACGGAGGUUUAGACUCGCCUGAGCUUUCUUUUGCAGUUAAAAAGGAUAUCUCUCAGAUCCAAUCGCUGUGCGCUGAGUUGGAUCGUCUUUGGCGUUCUAUUGCCGCUAAGCCACAACGCGAUCUCUGGAAAAGAAAAGUAGAACAAGUAGCAGAAGAGGCCGAAUCAUUGAAACAAAGUUUGGAUAGAUAUUUUUCGAGAAAUCAAAGGCGGACGAGAGAGGCUCAGGAGAGAGCUGAAUUGCUUGGAAGAGCUAAUGGAGAAUCAGCUCAUGUAUUGAGAAUAUUUGAUGAGGAAGCACAAGCAAUGCAGGCAGUUCAUAAUUCUAAAAGUAUGAUGGAAGAAUCUUUAUCCACAGGAUAUGCUAUUCUUUCUAAAUAUUCUGAACAAAGACAGCGCUUGAAGAAUGCACAACGGAAAGCUCUGGAUGUUCUCAACACAGUGGGUCUCUCCAACUCUGUGUUGAGGCUUAUCGAGAGGCGGAGCCGUGUUGAUAGAUGGAUCAAAUAUGUUGGAAUGCUCAUAACACUUGCCCUCAUGUAUUUUCUCGUGAGCUGGAGUCGUUGAAAGUAAGUAUUCUUCAUGUUUUCAUUUCGAAACAAAUGAAUUUGUACAAAGGGGCUUCGAGAUAAUAUAGGAAUGGAUAGUUUUUCCUGUUCCUUCAUGUCAUUGAUUUGUCUGAUGUUGCUGUUGCUGUUGCUGCAAAGCACAGAGUGGCAUGGCAGAUUGUAGGAGAGAGUAGUUCAUUUUUCUGAUAUUUGGCAGAUUCAAAUAAAAAUCCGUAGUUCCCCAACUUUAAAAUGUUAUCUACUUUUUGGCAUGCUAUUCCAAUGAGAAUCCUGGUUCAACUUGUAAAAAGAUGAACAUGAAGGAGUUAUUCGAUUUUUUGUGGAUUA